AAACAAUUUUUUUUUUCUAAAUUUUGCAUGUGCCAAUAAAGAAGAGAAAGUGAAAGUAUUUUUAUUUGUGUGCCAAAUUAGUUGAAAUCAAAAGUUAACAGCAAGAAGCGACAACAAAAUAAGAGAAAAACAAAACCAAAACAAAAACAAAAACAAAAAACAAUUGGCAGAUGGAAAGCAACGCAUUUGGCAGCAGCCAUUUGCCAUCUCAAGCGCUUGUUGUUCUAUCAGAGGCCGCUUCCGGUUUGCAUGAGGCUCUACGUGGACAACGUCCGUUUCCAUCGCGAUUACCUGACGCCAAAGAUCUACACAACAUGUCACUAGUCGGCAACUACUUCCAUCCGCACCUGCUGCAGACCCUCAACCAUGGAAUGCUGGUGGCCAACGGGGCCGCCGCGGCCGCGGCAGCCGCCGGCGGGGGUCCCGCGAGCUACUUCGCCAGCGACAGAUCGCCGCUGGGCAAGCCGUCGGUGCUGUCGAACUUCUCGCUGCCGUCGGCCUUCUCGCCCCCGAAAUACAUUGGCAUAUCGUUGGAUCAGAAUCUGUUCAAUGGCAGCGAAUCAUUUCGCACGGAUUCGGCCAGUCCCACAUGCACAUCCCAUGAAUCCAUGGAGGGAUCACAGGAUUACGAUGCCGUUGAAAAGGGUGAAAGUCCGCGCAGUAAUAAUUCUCAGGAUCCCAGGGAUUUGAGACAUCUGCAUAAUGUGGGGAAGGGAGGAGGACACCCGGCAAUGGCCACCUCCUCGGCCUCGGCCUCGGCAUCGGCAUCGGCAUCCAGCUCAUCCUCGUCCUCAUCCUGCUCGACCAGCAAUUCGGCCAUCAGCACGCCCACCAGCAGUGUGGCCGUCUCGAUGGCCACACAUCUGGCCGCCUCGCCCCAUCUGCAUCACACGCACUCGCUUUCGCACUCGCAUCCGCACCAGCACCAGCACCAGCAUCAGCACUCGCACUCGCAUCCCCAUCACGGCCACCAUGUGGGGGCGCCGCCGGGAUCGGUGGCAACGACACACCACCACAUGGCCCAUCCGCAUCCGUUGUCCCACCACCAUGCGGCCCAUCAUGCGGCGCUGGCCAGCCUGAGCAUGGCCGGUCUGCGGGCGGUGCCGGGCGGCCUGAGUCUGGUCAGCGGACUGCAGGCGGCGGCGGCCGGCGGGGCCAUACCCGACAUGUGUCCGGUGUGCGGCCUCAAGCUGAGCCCGGAGGAGUGGCACACGCACUUCCUCACGGAGCUGGACCGGCUCUACAAGCUGAGUGCGGGCUUCGAGCGGGCCAAUCUGCAGGCGACCUAUAUGUUUGCCCCUCCCUGUCCGGCCCAAGAGAACGCCAUACGCACCAGUCACAACCGCUGGGAGACAUUCCAGCGGAUACGUAACAAUCGCCAGAACCGCCUGAGACUCAAAGUGCGCAAGCGCAAGUACGGCGAGAUGUACAUGAUGGAGAGUCUCUACUGUAGCAGCUGUCCGAUCUGCAAGCGAAAGUAUGCCCUGGAAACGGGCAAGAUGCCCGAGGACGAUGCCAAGUCGCAGGAGGAGAUCGAAACGGUGGAUGUGGAGAGCUGCACCGAUGACGUGCCCGACUCGGGCUCGGAGCUAGCUGGCCCCGGGUCGGCCCUGGCCUCGGCUGGCGUCCCCACCAGCAUGCACAACAGCAAUGCCCAGCCGGGCAAGCUGGACGGGAUUCUGUACCGCACCGCCUGCGUCAUGAACCAGAAGGACGUGCACGCCGACGAGCAGGAUGUGAGCACCAAUGUGACAACAGCCAGCAGCAGCAGCAGCAGUUGGCCGACGGGCGAGCCGCCUCAGGCACAUAUCAGUGUGAAAAACGUCAGCGAGCUGUCAUCCACCACACAUCACCACUACUACAAUGCCGACUCCUGCGGCGUGGGCGUCAAUGACAACAACAGCAGCAGCGGCGGUGGCGGUGGCGGCAGCAACAACAACAACAACAACAACAAGGAGCUAAUGAUGGACACGGCCUCGUGCCAGAACGAUAGCGAUGAGGAUGUGAUUGUGGAUGAUGAUGACAACAACACCGCCAUGAAGAUGACGAACGCGAAAAUGAAUUACAACAAAAUGCAGCAGCAGCGACGGCAGGAGGAGCAGAAUGUGGGGAGCAGCAGAUCUCUGGAGAACAUCUCGCCCAUCGAAGAGCGUCCCCGGUCGGAGCCGCAGGUUACCAGCACCGAUCCCGGACCCAUGGAUAUUUCCCACAACAACAACAACAACAACAACAGCAGCAAUAGCAACAACAACAACAACAACAAUCCAAACUCAAAAUAUGUGGAGAGCAUGGAGAACAGCCUGUCGCAGCUGUCAUCGAUGGGAGUGCCGGGAUUAACGCAAUUGGACACAAAGACAGGCAUAAAGGAUCUCAAUACGGAUGCGUUCCUGCGCGGUCGCAACUUCUAUUUUCAUCAAAGCUGUGCCAAUGUCAUGAGCAGCUAUCGCUUGAACAAGGAGCUGCUCAGCCAGGCCCAGAACCAGCAGCAGCAGCAACAGCAACAGCAACAGCAGCAACAACAACAGCAACAGCAGCAACAACAGAGAAGUGCUGCUGGCUCUGGAGGACAUGGAGGAGAGGCGGCGGCAGCAACGCCCCGCAGCUUGUCCCCGGCCCAGUCGCCGCAGCAGAGCGUGGGCCAGGCCAUGGAGUAGCGGAGGAGGUGUCAAAGGUCGAAUUGAUAAUUGCAAUCAAAGCGUGAAUUUAUUAAAAUUAAUUAAUAAAUAAAAUAUGUAUUGUGCGAGUAUUUGUGGUAGCUAAUGGGAACGUAGCAACAAAAUCGAGCAAAUGGGUGUUUAAUUGGCCAUUCCAUCCCAUCCUCCUGUGUUCGGGCCUGCUCUUUCCCUUCCC